UAGACACGGUAUGUCUGUGGAAGAGCUGAUACAGAAAAGUCUGGAAGCGAGACAACAUUCCUACUGUCCAUACAGCAGGAUCCGUGUUGGUGCCGCACUUCUGACGUCAGAUGGACACAUAUUUACAGCAUGUAAUGUCGAGAAUGCCUCCUACGGUCUGACUGUAUGCGCCGAGAGGGCAGUCAUUGUCAAGGCCGUGUCUGAAGGUCACCAAAAUUUCAAAGCCAUCUCUAUUGCCUCGAACCUAGUUGACUUCAUAUCACCCUGUGGUGGUUGCAGGCAGUUUAUGUACGAGUUUGGCUGUGACAUUGAUGUGUACAUGACUAAACCAGACCGGACCUAUAGGAAGAUGACCACAGGCGAGUUACUGCCCCUGGGAUUUUCAGGUCCAUUUCCGGAACCAAAGAGGAAUGAGGUUUAA